AUGACUGAAAAAGGCAGCUCAAUUGUUGCGCCCGACCUGUCAACGGAACACAGUCAACAUGGUUACAGUAAAUUUAGUUCUGAACUUAUGUGGUUGGGUCCUCCUAAAGUGGCUUUGACUAGUUUCACAUCUUUUUCACUUCUACAGUCACCACCAGCUGGGCACAAGCGGCGGUCUGACGAUUCGGACAAUUCCUACUACGGCGUAGAGAUGAAGCGUAGUCUUCUGACCAUACCACAUACGGCGCAUCACCUACCCUCUACGGUGACGGGAGAGGAUUCAGACUCCUCCAACUUUCAUUUUAGGUCUCGUAUCGGCCGGCAACAGAACACAAACAACGCCACCACACCGCAAUCUGCCUCAUUCAGUCGCCUCAAUCGGCCCCACAGUUUCACUUCCAAACCGGUUCUUCGUAUGGAGUUGUGCGGUUAUUGUGGUCGGCGUAUCACUUUCGGAAGGUCCGCACUGAGAUGUGUUGUCUGUCGAUUAGUUGUCCAUCCCGACUGCAAAUCACAGUUAAUACAAACGUGCAUCCCUCCGAAUACACCACGAACUCCUUUGUCCUCAUUUAAUGGACGUACCCCGGCAACCUCACCCAAGCGCGCUGCAAACAUGCCUGUAACGCCAUACUCGCGUGGUAAUCCCCCGACUCCUUCUAGCCCAACUUUGACACAUCGGUUUGGAGCACGAAACCUGAAUCUAGCUGAGUUGUGUCCAAAGGAUCAAUACCCUCGGAUACCAGCUCUGGUGAUUCGCUGUGUCACUGAAGUACUUGCUCGCGGCAUGCAUACCGUCGGUCUCUACCGUGUAUCCGGUUCGGAAAAACAAGUUCGGGAAUUAUAUGAGAAAUUCUUUGGGAAAGUCCCUCCGGUUCUGGCACGAGUGGAGGACAUUCACGUCGUCUGUGGUUGUUUGAAGAUGUUUUUGCGCAGUCUGACAGAACCGCUUGUCACUUACGAGCAACGUUCAGUGCUUGCUGCAGUAAGUGAAGGUGCUCGGCUUGGGGAUCCUGACGCAGUUCAGCAUGUCAUCAAUGUAUUGGAUGCAUUGCCGGCACCGAAUCGGGAUACUCUAUCCUACAUUAUGCUGCACCUCAAGAGCAUCGCGCAAGUUCCUGAUUGUCAAAUGGGCGAGGAAAAUCUGGCCAAGGUAUUCGGACCCACUUUGGUUGGUUAUUCGUGUCCUGAACCCCAGCUAAUGCAAACUGUCACCGAGACGAGGACACAACAGGCGGUAUUGCGCCUACUCUUUAGCGUUCCGGAACAUAUCUACUCCGCCAUUGUGACAAGGCAACCGGAUGAACAGGAUUCAGAACCUAUCGACGACGGCCACACCACCUACUUUAGCCCCAUUUUUACACGUCCCGAACCAUUGCCGACCCAAAGUGCGACGUCGCUCCAGCUUCGCAAGUCCCCUCACCGCAACCUGGUCAUGUCAGCGAGAAAACGUUUCUUCCCCCAUUUCUCUCAUCGCGACCCCAUGGACCCGUCUUAAUAAAUAUUCAUUUCUUCAUCGACUGCUUGUACGACGUCUUUUAUUGUGUACCUCCUACUCUUGUACCCUGAGGCCUUUCCACCGAUUUCGGUGUUGCUCAUUUGCUUGCCCUUCUUACUAACGUUUUCUGUGUUUUUCUAUAUCUGACCGUACACGCC